AUACAAAAAUCGCUGACACGACGAAAAAUAAGAGAAAGAGUAAUAGAGAGAUAAGGAAAGACACGAGACACAAAGCCAUCCAUCCAUCCGAGUGUGUGUUCAAGCGUUAAAACUUAAAUGAAUGCUAUAAAUUCUCACAUUAAAUCCGAAGCAACUACAAAAAAAAAACAACAAAAGCGAUAAAUAACACUCGCCUGCCUUAAAAGGCACUCAUUUGGCUUUUUAAUCAAUUUCUCCGUAUACGACGAGGCUCGCGAAAAAUAUUGCGGUGUCGCGGCAGGCAUUUAAUGUGUACAUAAUCUAAUUUAAACAACACAUGUUUUAAUACAAUAAAUAAAAUAAAAAUAUAUGAUAGGACCUUGUCAGCUUUGGAAAUUGUGUAACAACCCAAACAAACGAUAAAAAGUGAAGCGAAACGCUGAGCAAUAAACACCCCGAAAAAACACACAAAAUAGUGCACAAAAAAGACCGCGCUUUCCUGACAUAAUACAAGGAAACAGACCGACAACGUGUCACCCCAUAUAGACAUCUACAUCAGCAGUUCACACCGUCGUUGUUGUUGUCUCCAUAUAAAAUGGCAGAAAACAAGGAACAAGCGAAACUCGACGCCACAAAAGUCCCAGUUACGAGUCCCGAAGAGUGCGACGACUUGAGCCCGAUGCCACAAACGACAGCGCCACCUGUUCGUCGUCGUGGCGCCAUUUCCGCAGAGCCCGUAACGGAAGAAGAUGCCACCGGCUAUGUCAAAAAGGUUGUGCCGAAAGACUACAAAACGAUGGCGGCAUUGUCGAAAGCCAUCGGCAAAAAUGUCUUGUUUGCGCAUUUGGAUGAGAACGAGCGCAGCGACAUCUUUGAUGCCAUGUUUCCCGUGACAUUCCUGCCGGGCGAGACGAUAAUCCAGCAAGGUGAUGAGGGUGACAAUUUCUACGUCAUUGACAUCGGCGAGGUUGAGGUUUUCGUGAACAAUGAGAUGGUGACGACAAUUAGCGAAGGCGGUACUUUUGGCGAGUUGGCGUUGAUUUAUGGGACACCGCGUGCUGCCACGGUUCGCGCGAAGACAGACACAAAGUUGUGGGGCAUUGAUCGUGAUUCCUAUCGUCGCAUUCUCAUGGGAUCGACUAUCCGGAAGCGGAAGAUGUACGAAGAGUUCCUGUCACGCGUUUCGAUUUUGGAGAGCUUAGACAAAUGGGAGCGAUUAACCGUCGCCGAUGCUUUAGAGCCCUGCAGCUUCGAAGACGGCCAAAUAAUCGUCAAACAAGGAGAACCGGGCAAUGAUUUCUACAUCAUUCUCGAAGGAUGUGCCACAGUUUUGCAACAAAAGGGCGAAAGCCAAGAACCCGCAGAAGUCGGUCGUUUGGGACCCAGCGACUACUUUGGCGAAAUUGCAUUGCUCCUAGAUCGACCACGUGCCGCAUCUGUCGUUGCCCGCGGUCCUCUCAAGUGUGUCAAACUAGAUCGUGCUCGUUUCGAACGUGUCCUCGGCUUGUGCGCCGACAUCUUGAAACGAAACAUUACACAAUACAACAGCUUUGUGUCCUUAUCCGUUUAAAUAUAUAAAUAAUUCGCAAAAAAUCAUGGAAUUGUUAAAAUUAUAUUUAAAAAAUAAAAAAAAUUGGAAAUUUUUACAAAUUUGAACAGAAAAGAAAACAAUGAUUCCUUAAAAAAUAUUGAAAAAAUUUAACAAGACACACAAAAACGCUAAAAAAAUAAAUAUUCGACAUAUUUUUGUGCAAAUCUUUUAAAAAUGAGUGUCUCGACCACCUUUUGUAGUGUACCCAAUCCGGAAAAAAAAACUUUCAUAAAAAAAAAUUAAUGUAAAAAAAAUCUUAUGAAAUAAUAAGAAACACAAAUCGGAUUGAUAGUUUUGACAUAAGAAAGUAUUGUGGUGGUAAAAUUUGUUGAGCAGAAAAUUUAAUAUUUUAUUUUAAUCAAUAUAAAAAAAUAUUCUUUAAUUAUUUGUAAACUUCUAUAUAUAAUUUUAGCUAGCAGCUAACAUACAAAAAACCCAACCAACCGCAAAAAUACUUAAAAAAAAAUAACUAAAAUUUAAUAAUAAAUAAAAAAACGCAAGUAACUAUGAAGCUGAUCUUCUAUCGAUAAAUAUUGACAUUUAACAAGAAAAAAAAAGCAAAUACUUUACAUUUAUAUCAAAUAUUACAUUAUUAAUUAUAUUAUAUAUUAUUAAAAACAACAAAAAAUUGUAUUGUAUAAUUUACUCGUAGGUUUUUAACGAUAAUUAUUAAAUUCUAGUGAAACAUGUAAAAAAAGUACUUUAACAUAUAUUUCUUAAACACCUCAGUAAAUAAACAAAAUAAAUCAGCAAAAAGCACAAUUAUUAAUAAAAAAACAAAAAAUAUCAUAUAAACAUAUAUUUUACCCCUUCUUACAACAAAAGAACAACUAAAACUGCAAAAAUAACAUCGAAAGGUCCCUAACAACUUUCCUUCCCACGUGUCCUGUAUUUUUUUUAAAGGAAUGCUUUUACUACCAUCAAAAAAUAUAUUUAAAAAAAAACAUUUCUAUACAAUAAUAAAAAAAAAACGUAUACAAAAAAAAAUAUUUUUUAAGAAAAAAAAUCAAACGAAAAAAAAAUGUUAACACUCUUUCACUAAAACUAACUAACUCACUCCCUCAUUACAUCGAAUCUCGCGAUGUUUGUUGGAAAUAGUAAAAAAAAAACUCAAGUUGUAGUUAGCUGGACUAACUUAUAGACCUUUUUAGUUGAAAUUUUUACGCGUAUCUUCAUCUUGUCUUGACUGAGAAAAAUCCCCAAAGUCCCCCGUACUCGAUAAAGAAAAAAAAAUCCUUCUAUUAAAAAAAAUGUAUUUAGAAAAAAAUAUUUGGUGUGUUUGCUUAAUUUCUUUUUUUUAUUUUCAAUGUCCGUAGAUGAUUUUUAUGUUAAAAUUUAGUUAAAAAAAAUAAAUUUAUAAAAAAAAUAAAAGUUCAACACGAAACUUCUAUACUUUAAAAAAAUAAAAUAAAAGUACAGGAAAAAUUUGUAAUAAAAAAAAAAUAAUCGGCCAAAUGUCGAAUGCGGAAUAUAGUUAGGAAAAUUCUUGAUGACUCUUUCUAAAAUUCAUGAAGAAAAGUAAGAAAAAGAGGAAAAAAGUUUAAAUGUCAAGAUUUUUAUUAAUUAUCAUUAUAAAUAUAUUACAAGCAACUGUAGAGAGCUAACAAGUGUAGAAAUCGUAGUUGAUUGUAGUUGUCUUAGAAAAAUUUUAUUUUAUUUUUUUUUUGUUUGAUUUUGAACGGAGUUGUACAGAAAAGAAGUAAGAAAAUGAUAAUUCAAAAAAAAAAUUAAAGUAGAGAUUUUUUUCGAAAAGAAAAUUGGAUUAAUUUGUGUAGUUACUUACUUAUGAUGAAAAAUGAUGUAAAAUUAAAAAAAAAAAUAUAUAAAUAAUAAAAUGUGGUCAUGUAAUAUUAAUUGCAUGUCUUUUAUCAGUGUUAACAUAAGCAAGAGCUGUACAACAAAAAAAAAAUAAUAAUUUCAGCAGAUCGAAAUUAUAAUAAAAAUAAUAAAUAUUCAUAUUAUUCGUAUUGUUAUAUGAUUUUUCUCGUACACAAA